CUGAAACGUCAAAUCGAAACGCAGUGUCAAAACAUUCACUGGUAUGCUUUUUUCUACUUCUCUCUUUUGUUUUGAUCUGUCCAUCAUUAAUAGUUUACUAGUUGUUAAUUUAUUCAAUGCAAUACAAAUUCGUAACGUGAUUUUCAUUCCAUUCAAAUAUAAAUAAAAAUGACCGAGUUUUUAGCGGAAGAUAAUGUAUGUGGUCAAAAUUUAUUACAAAUUGUUGCAUGCGGCAAUGCAAUCAUUGCCGAAAUUUUACGAGUCAAAGAUUACAUUCCAGAGUUGUAUAGGUUUGAGAAGAAGCAAGACCAAGUGAAAUAUGCCGAAAUCAUCUUGGACUUUAGCUACUUCAAAAUAUCCGAAGCACAGGAGAAGAGAAUCGAAGAGAGUUCUGAGUUACAAGAUCUUGAUGAGGAAGUACGUGAAAACUACUUGGAAAUUUUGACUCGAUGCUAUUUGGCGUUUGAGAGUGUCCAUCAAUAUGUGGGCGAUUUGAAGUUUUACAUACAUGAAGUCAAUGAAGGCAUGUACAUUCAGCAGAGCUUGGAAUCGAUACUGCAAGAUGGUGAAGGGAAACAGUUACUGACGGAAGCCCUUUAUUUGUAUGGUGCCAUGCUGUUGAUUCUCGAUAUGCAUAUUCCGGGCAUAGUGCGUGAACGAAUCCUUGUGUCAUACCAUCGGUAUGGCACCGGCAAAAUCAACAGUGACAGCAAUAUUGAAGACAUUUGUAUGCUGUUGCGUUCGACCGGCUUCAGUAAUGCGCCGGAUGCAAAGCGAGUUUCAAACUAUCCAGAAGAGUAUUUUAGGCGCGUUGAAUUGGAUGAAAUCUUCAUCGAAAUGAUAAUUGGGCGGCUUCGAUCGGACGAUAUUUACAAUCAAAUUUCGGUCUAUCCACUGCCAGAGCAUCGAUCGACUGCGUUAGCAAAUCAAGCGGUCAUGUUGUAUGUUUGCCUAUAUUUUUCGCCACGCACGCUCCACCAACAGCAAUCGCAAAUGCGUGAAAUUGUCGACAAAUUCUUCUCGGACAAUUGGAUCGUUUCCAUUUACAUGGGAAUCACUGUGAAUUUAAUCGACGCUUGGGAACCGUACAAAGCGGCCAAAGGUGCUCUAUUAAAUGUCAUCGAUACGAAACAUAUCAAAGAAAUUGCCGUAAAACAUUCGAUGCAGCGGGAAAAAUUGAUUCAGAAAACGCGGACACUGUUGAAAGAAGGCAUUGUCACACAGCAAAUGCUCAUCAAAAACAUCACGAAAAUUGUGAAUUUGAUCCGUGAAUGCAAUGUAACGAUGCGAUGGAUGAUGUUGCACACAAGUAAAUCCACGUAUGAUUGCAGCCAGAAUAAAAAGUGUAAGCAAUAUGAAAGUCAAGUGAUCAACGACUCGGCAUACAAAUCGAUUGAAUUAUUUGAGCUACUGCUGAAUGUCAGUCAGUUGGAGUUUAAGGUGCGUGAAAUAAUCAAAGAUGUUCUAACGGAAAAGGAAUCACAAUGGGAUGCGUGUCGAAAAGAGGCGCACGAGCGAUUGGCCGAAUUGAGUGAAGUGUUUUCCGCAUCGAAUUCUCUGAUGAAAAUCAAGAAAAAUGACGAUUUAAAAAAAUGGUUUGCCGACAUUGCCAAAGAAGUGAGCGAAUUAUCCCAUGAAAAUGCCAACGUAUCCGGCCGCAAGAUUAUCCAAUUGAUUCAGGCACUGGAACGCGUACAGGAAUACCAUAAUCUCAAUUCGAAUAUGCAAGUGAAACAGCAUCUCAUUGAAACGGACCAAUAUCUUCAUCAAAUGAUUCAAACGAUCAAUAUCAAAGAGGAGAAUUUGAUAAAUUUACAAAUUAUCGGCGAUCUGAGCUAUGCUUGGAUUACGAUCGACAAAUACACGGUGAUCAUGCAGGAAAGUGUGAAAAAGCAACCGAGUUUGGUGAUAAAAUUGCGUGCAACAUUUUUGAAAUUAGCUAGUGCCUUGGAAAUUCCACUGUUGCGCAUCAAUCAAGCGCGUAGCGACGAUUUGGAAUCGGUAUCACAAUAUUAUAGCAAUGAACUUGUCAAUUAUGUACGCAAAGUCAUACAAAUCAUUCCAAAGACAAUGUUUGAAAUUCUGGCGAAAAUUAUCAACAUUCAAACGGAAACGAUGAAAGAGGUACCAACACGCCUCGAUAAAGAUAAGGUGCGCGAGUAUGCACAGUUGGAUGAACGGUUUGCAGUGGCCAAGAAUACGUACGAAAUAUCCGUGUUUACCGAGGGUAUUCUGCAAAUGAAGAAAACUCUCGUUGGGGUCAUAGAAUUAGAUCCAAAGCAAUUGCUCGAAGAUGGCAUUCGCAAAGAAUUGGUCAAACAUCUGGCCGAAUCACUUCACAAUGGGCUGACUUUUAAUGCGAAAUCAAAGACGCCUGAGAAGGAUUUAGUGGAUAAAUUAACGAAUUUAGCCAAAAUUAUCGACGGUUACAAACGUUCAUUCGAAUAUGUACAGGAUUAUUUGAAUAUUUAUGGCUUUAAAAUUUGGCAAGAAGAGAUGUUUCGCAUCAUAAACUACAACGUCGAAAAGGAAUGCAAUACAUUUUUGAGGAAGAAAGUGUUAGAGUGGCAGUCAGAAUACCAGAGCACAAAUAUUCCAAUACCCAUAUUUCCGCCAACUGAUACAGUUUCGGUGAACUUUAUCGGCCGAUUGGCUGCCGAAAUUUUACGGCACACAGAUCCGAAAACCACGGUCUAUAUCGACGGAGUGUCAUCGUGGUAUGACUUCAAAUCACACAAGAAACUGUUGCACAUGAAUGUGAUGACAAAAAUAAUCGAAAGCGUCGAACCAGCUGGUUUGGUUGGGUUAGACAAGCUCUACUCGCAUAUGAUAAAGUCGGAUCUAGAGUCACUUCUAAACACAUUGCAACACGGUAUUUUGAAUGAUAAGGCAAUGGCUGAUAUUAUCAAUUCGGUUAACAAUGAAGCGUCCACGUCCACUUCAACUGUGCCUCAACCGAUGAAAUUUUACAACAAUCACGUGUCAAAGUUUCUGAAAGCCACGCCAAAAAUCCUUGAUUUGGUACUAGCGAUCGGUCAAAAGCAAAUCAUUCGCAAAUACAUCGCAUUUGAGUUGAAUUCCAGCUGUAAAUUUAAAUCGAAGAACCUGGAAUCAGCCCUACGAACCAUGAACGAUGCUUUGUUGGUUGAGCUAAAAUCGCACGAAUUGGAUGCGCAAAAGCCGUGUCCGAGCGUUGAACUCUUGUGGAAGCUGAACAUGUAUCUCGAAUGGGCUGGCAUUUACAAUCCCUACGAAAAGGUGUACAUCGAAACGAAACAUUUCCGGAAUAUGGCCACCGCAAUGGUGCUGCUGAGCAUUUCACAACUGUCGAAAUUGAACUAUGUGAAAAAUAUCUCGACUUUGGUUGGAAAGAAAUUAGCCGAGCAUAUCGAUGGUAUUUCAUUUGUUGUCGGUGUUAUUACGGUGUUGAGACAAUAUCACGUCGAACUCAUAGACAUUUUCAUCGAUGAAAUGGCUCAAUAUGUGGUUUCAAUGGCCGAUUACAAUUUACCAUUGAAGAAAGAAAUUGGAGCCGAAGCCUACAUCGCGUUGCAUUUUCUAUUCAAAUUCGCUGAAUGUGCUCAAAUUACGCGAGAGGUGUUGGAGAAAUACAUCCCCGAAAUGCUGCUCAAUGAAUUGGAACGCCUGGCGAAUAAAAUCUAAUUUAUUUUUCUUUCAAAUGAAUUAAAUGACAUUUACUUCGUUUUAAUGAUUUUAAUUUGAUUUUAUUGUUUUUUUCUUGCUUUUCGAAUUUAAUCGGCUCGAAUGAAUGAGAUCCGAUCCAUAUAAAAAUGUGCCACGAAUAAUGUGUAACAAAAUAACAUGUUUACCCAUUGUAAAGUGAGGAAUAAAACACAAUUUUCAUUUUUUUAUCUGUGUCAUUCGAAUUAAAUGUGAUUUUGAAUGGAAGCAAUUUUAUGUUAAACCAAAGGAAGAAUUAAAGAGAACAAAAUUUGUACGAUUUUGAAAAUCA